AUGGCAGCAAGGCAGGUAAUCAAGCAAGAACAGAGUCUGUGUAAAGCAGUGUUGGCACAAAGAUGGGAUGAAGUUAUAGAGUUAUACAAGUCUCAUCCUCAGAUUCAGGCCGCGAAGAUCGCCAAAUCGCAGGACACUGCAUUGCACGUGGCUAUCAGUCUGGGCGCACCAGAAAACAUCAUUAUAAAGCUGGUCGAUGAGAUUGAGAAUACCAACGUUAACGACGUCCAAGUUGCCAGACAAACCUUGGAAGCUACGAAUGAGCAACAAGACACUCCUCUGCACUGUGCAGCCACGCGAGGUUCUGCCUCCAUAUGUGACCGAAUACUACGCGUUCAUCGAGACUUGGCUUCGAAACCUAACGAGCAAGGAGAGACGCCUCUUUUCCUUGCCGCUCUCAACGGCCACAAACGUACCUUUCUCUAUCUUCAUUGUUUUUGUAAUCGGAUACAGAACACCACUAUUCAGAUGCAGGACACCACCAAUCAGACGCAGAACAUCACCGCCGGCACAAAUAAACCAUGCUGGAGGAGGACUAAUGGUGACACUAUACUUCACUUCACCAUUCAAAGAGAAUACCUUGAUCUUGCACUUCAGAUCAUUCAUCUGUAUAAAAAGCAGAAGAUCGUUGGUGCUAAAGAUAAAGACGGAGAUACUCCUCUUCUUGUCCUUGCCUCCAUACCUUCCGCUUUCAAAAGUGGAACUCCCAUGUCUUUGUGGCAAAGACUUUGUUACAAUUUCUGUAGAGUAGAAGAGCUGAAAACUGAAGUGGACGGGCAAGUUAUUCGAAAUUCUGGCGGGUUGAAAGCUGAUGAUCCAAGAAAGAGGCAUCGAAGACAAGGGUCAAUAAGGAAAAUGAAAGAGAAACAUGUAUGGAGUGCCCAGAUUGUGGAAGAACUCUUACGACGAACUUCUGAGUAUGGCUACCAGAACUUGGAACAACUCUCACAAGGAACUUCUGAGUCCGACGACAGCGAACAUGAUUCAACAAACGAUAAAAAAUCGACACCAUUGUUAGUGGCAAUAACAAAUGGUCAGAUAGAACUGGUGAAGAGAAUCCUUGAAGUUUAUCCGGUGGCAAUCUACGACAAAACCGACCCAAGGAGAAGAAACGUGGUUCUCUUGGCCGUAGAAAAAAGGCAAACCCAUGUGCUCAAGUUAUUGAAGAAUCACCCACUUUGGCAUAUACUCAGAGAGGAUGUGGAUAGCGAAGGAAAUAAUGUAUUGCACAUGGCCUCCCUUCUACUCCAUCAUAUGCCUCGGCAUGUUCAUGGCUCUGUCAUGCAAAUGCAAUAUGAAGCCCUCUGGUUUAAGUACGUGAAAGACAGCAUGCCAGCUUACCUGAGUUCUCAAAUAAACGACGAUCAUAACACUCCAGACGAGGUCUUCGCAAAGGAGCACAAGGACCUCCUCAAAGAAAGCAACGAGUGGCUCAAGGACACCUCUGGUUCUUACGCUAUAGUUGCAGCACUUAUUGUCAGUGUCACCUAUGCUGCAUCGUUCACUGUCCCAGGAGGCACCGAUGACACUGGAAAACCUAUCCUGCGAGGCCAACUUGCUUUCAACGUUUUUGCUUUCUCCGUUCUGGUUGCGUUCUGCUCAUCCAUUACUUCCUUGGCAGCAUUUGUGGCUGUCUUUAGUUCUCGUAAGCAAGCCAUUGAUUAUCUUCGAAGUUUGCCUCUGAAGCUUUGCUUUGGCUUGACUGCGUUCUAUCUGUCCGUUGUCUCCUUGUUGGUCUCUUUCUGCGCGGCGCAUUUCUUUGAACUAGAUCAGAGAAUCAAGCAUAAGAUUAGCCCUUAUGCCAUGAUGUUGAUACCUCUGUGCUUGUACACUUUUGAACAGAUUCCACUGUACUGGAAUCUUCUCAAAACCACUUGUUCCAACGAGCCUCAGCCAAGAUAUGUUGGAGACAAUGUUGCUAUGUAG